CAAAGGCGCGUUUGUAGUUGGCACAUGCGCAGUACGCGCGUACGCCUUGUUCCCAAACAGCAGCCGAGGGCUCAGAGAGAGCAGAUGGAGGGACUUUGAAGUACUUGGCCGCACAUAUUUCUCCGAACAACAGACAACGCUUCUGCUUUCACUUCCUCAAUGUGAACAGGCUUGGGAAAGGGAAACUACCCAUCGCCAUGGCUGCUGCUGCUGCUGCUGCUGCUGCAUCUACCAAAGGCAGCCUGAGAGAGGACCUGACAUGUGCCAUAUGCUGUGACCUGUUUCGGGAGCCUGUCAUGUUGGCCUGUAUGCACCACUUCUGCAAACCCUGCAUCUCCAGAUACUGGAGAGGAACUCAGGGCCCUGUAAGCUGCCCACAAUGCCGCAAGGAAUUCAACACCAAGCAGUUUCAAACUAACUACCUUGUGGCAGCCAUGGUGGAGAAGGUCAGAGCCACCACCUCGGACUCCUACAUCAAGAACCUAGAGAAACAACUGAAAGGGACUUUGGAGAGCCAUCGCCAGAAGAAGGAGGACUUCAUCAACGAUGUUCGCAGAGACAAAGACAAAAUGGAUACCAUAAAGAAAGUCGUGGCAGAUAUGCAGGCUCGCGUCAAAGGCGAAUUCAGAGUUCUACAUCAGAUCCUGCACGAGGAGGAGGCCUGCGUGCUGGAGCAGCUGAUGAGAGAGCAGGAGGAAGAGCUGGAGAAAGUCCAGCGCCACCUGGAGGCCACUGAGGUGGCUGUGAGGGAGCUUGAGGAAAAUACGAGAGCACUACGGCAGGCUAGUGCUGCCGCUGAGAACGGCGUACUGGCUGAGCUCCCACAGCUAAGACCGUGUGUGCAGGUGGAUAUUGCCCCGGAGUUUGACAUAAACGCUUUCAGCAACAAAUACAUGGCCCCGUUACAGUACAUCACAUGGAGAAGGAUGUUCAAAUCUUUGAAGCCAGGUCCUUCCCCAUUAACGUUUGAUGUUGACACAGCGCACCCAAGCAUCCAGGUCUCCCGUGACAAAACCGUGGCAGUUGAGUGUGACGUCAUGAUCCCACAUACGGACCACAACAAGCGUUUCCUCCAGUGUGUCAACAUUCUGGCCGCCCAGGGCUUCCAGACAGGCCGACACUACUGGGAGGUAGAAGUGGGCUCCAAACCCAAGUGGGACCUGGGCGUGGCCUCUGAGGCCGUAGGCCGGCGCACUCGGAUCAAGCUGAGCCCCGAAAGCGGCUACUGGACGCUGCGGCUGCGUAAUGGGAACGAGUACUCCGCCGGCACGCAGCCCUGGACCAGGCUGCACCUCGGUUCUUCCCCUCAGAGGUUCGGGGUGUUCUUGGACUGUGAGGAGAGGAGGGUGUCCUUCUACAACGCCGAUGAUAUGAGUCUGCUCUACUCGUUCACCAACGGGCCGAGGGGCAAGGUAUUCCCCUUCUUCAGCCCGUGCAUUAGUGACAGCAGUCAGAAACCUCAGCCUAUUAAACUCCUCCACUACCCACCUGUCGCUCUGUGUGGCUAACAUGGGUGCAACCAAUAAAAGCUUUUCAGUAUUUAAGAGCUUAUUGAAUAAUAACUGUUAUUACUCAGCUGUUAUAUUCCCCACAAUUUUGUUGUUAUUAAUUUUACAGGAACAGUCAACAGAAUACACAAAUGUUCAACCAUUUUGGGUCAAAUAUAGUGAGGUUUCGAUGCAUCAAAUACAUUUUAAGGCGUACUGGUGCUUCACUGUUCAACCAAAUAUCUUAAAGAGAUGGAGAUAGUUGACCUUUCAAAUGAUAAUAGGAAUAAUUACCUCUCAUCAAGUCAGACUAUCUUUAGCCUUGCUUGCACAGUUUACUGUGAGGUUUUAUAUUUGAUUAAAUGGAUCUUCAUGUUUUAUUUGUCUGAAAUGACACUAUUGCCUUUUUUUAUUUUAGAUGCAUUUUCUGAUGAUUAACACCCACAUGUAACUUCACAGCAUGUUAGGAGCUCUUUAGCUGAUUUCUAGCUGCUCCUACUGAUUUAUCAUUAUUUGUACAUUAAUUUAUAUACAUGUGUCUUAAUUUGACAUAUAUGUGAUACAUUGCACACUCAUUGUUAAUUUUGUGGGAAAUUACUAAAAUGUAGUUCUGUGGGAUUCAGUCUAUGUAGCCUAUUUUACAUUGUUAUCAUUGGCAAUGUCAGUUACAUUUUUGAGAGAGAGUUCAUUGUAAAACCUGCUGAUGCAAACAAUAAACCAAAUCACUUUUUCUCUUUCUUAAA